UCUUAUGAUACCGGAAAUGGAAAGUGUUUAAUAUAUAUAUAAAUGGUAAUGUAAUAGGUUUAAAGCCAUGGUUUGAACAUGAACCAUUUUAAAUCAAAAUCAUCACUGAGUCUUUAACCUACUACAUACCUAUCAUCAUGACAAAGCAUCUCAAAUAAAACACUGAAGAACGUUUUAAAGUUCAAUGUACUGAUUCCAAAAAUAUGGCGGCUAUGAAAAAGGGGUUCAGUAUAGCAAAGAAAACUAAGAUCAAAUCCAGGAUAUUAAAACAUACAACUGGUGCAGUUCAAGAUGUCAUUGACCCAGUAUUUGAACCUGAUAAAACUGACACUCAGCUAGAUGCGUUAAGCAAUGAUGUUCUAACAAAAGAUUUUCAAAGACGUUUAAGAGUGGAGACUGACGACUUUGUUGAAGAUUUAAAUAAAGCUGUUGAAGAUUCAUACUUAGAACAAGUCAAUGCGGAUGAGGGAAAUGAGACGUAUACAUCUAUGGAUGGAAAUGAAGAGGGCGAAACAGAAUUUGAGCAAACAACGGAUUCAGGUCCAAGACGCCUGUUUUAUGGUAGAGCUGCUUCAUACCGAAAUAUUUAUAGUGAUCCGAAAAGCCAGGAAGAUAAAAACUGGAAUACUUGGGAAACAUUUUCUGCUAUAUCUGGAAUGAAUGUGUCGGAACUUGUUCGUAAAGCUGAAAUGGGUGACUUGGUUCUGGACGGCAGAGAGUUGUCAAGAUUACAGGAACGGUUCGUAUCAAUGCAGAAGAUGUACAAAAGGCAGUUUUACAAGUGCGGGGAACGCUAUGUCACGCCUGAGAAUAUACCAAACUGGAGCGAGGAGUGCAAAAAAUCUAACAUUAGAUCUCAAGACCUUGGUGAUGAUACGUUGAACCGGAAAGUAGCUUUAAUGCACGGUGAUAUAACUACAUUAGAAGUAGAUGUUGUUGUCAAUUCUGUUUCAUCACACUUAACAGAUAAACACGAAGGAGUAUCGAGAGCUAUAGUCGAGGCAGCGAGUACCCUUGUCUACUACGAAUUAGAAUCUAUUUGGAUCAUAUAUGUUGGAGAAGUAGAGGCAACUGCAGGAUAUUUACUUCCAGCAAAGUAUAUAUUCCAUACGUCUGGACCAACAAAACAUGAAGAAGGUUUUGAACAGCAGUUGAAACGUUGCUAUAAAUCCUGUUUAGACAAAAUGGUAGAGAUGGGCUUGCGCACACUGGCAUUCCCCUGCAUUGCCACCGGAGCUAAAAAAAUGAAUGCUAGACAAGCCGCACAGACUGCAUUAACAACUGUAAAAGAAUGGUUACAUAGUAAUAAGGAUUCCGUGGACAAGAUCAUAUUUUGUGUGUAUGACAUAGACAAUUGGGCAUGUUAUCAGGAGUUAAUGCCAGAAAUAUUCCCUUCAAGCGAUAUAAUAGACACUUCAGAAGCAAGCUUGCUCCCGGUUGAAAUCCUACGGAUGGACAAGAAGUCAAUUGAACUUUACAAGCGAGCUUUGAGUGAGGGCCAAGAAGCUGUUCACAACAUCCGUGUAAUGGUUGUGGGACACUAUGGAGUUGGGAAGACGACUCUUACUAAACGUUUGUUUGGUGAAGAUGUAGACAUAAACCAAAGAGAGAGCACAAAUGGAAUAGACGUACAUGUGAGAAGAUGCAAAGUGUCCCUGGAGACAGGUGAAUGGAAAAUCUUAGACAAAGAUCAAGAAAAUGAAACGGUCUACCACCGUUUGGUAAAGUUUUUGAAAAUGCCUGUUAAUGAGACACGUGAAAUAGACGGUAAGGAAACAGCGACAGGCAUGGACGAGGGAGAAGAUGUCGUCGAUGGAUUUAUACCACCAGAAGAAAUGAGUGAAGACGAUAAUUCAGCGAAUGAAACAAAUGGAAAACAGGCUUUGAAAGAAGAGCUCACUGACAAAGUCCCUAAACCAUUACAAGCGGAAACUACUGCCUUGGACGAUAAUGCAAUCCAACCCAAAGAAGAAUAUAUCCUCAAUCAUUUGAAGGGAUUUAUAGAAGAAGUUCAACAUAAAGUAGCGAGCGAAGAGGACACAAACACAGCAGAUGUCUCGGUUUGGGAUUUCGCUGGACAGUAUGUGUUCUAUGCAACACACCAAGUGUUCUUGUCAAGGAGGGCCGUGUACUUACUUGUCACUGAUAUAUCCAAACACGCGGAGGAUAUAGUUCAAGAUGAUGAUUGUUUCCUGGACAGUAAAGGCGCGAACCACUGGAAAAUAUCAGAAUUUGUUGACUUUUGGCUGAAUUCCAUUCACGAGUUUUGCAGUUCAACGGAAAGCGAAGGUCUGCCAGUCUUGCUUGUAGGCACUUUUGCAGACAAAUUAAACCAGGAAACGAAACAAGAGACCAUAGAUGAAUUCUUCUAUACGUUACGACGUUCACUAAUGCAUAAAGAAACGAGUUGUCAUCUUGCUGAAGAAGAUUUUGCCUUGGACAAUUCUAUCGUUGAUAGCAAUAUUGAAAUGCUGAAAGAUCACAUUUUUAACACAGCCGCAAAGCAACCCUACUGGGGAGAGCUGAUACCUGCAAAAUGGAUAACGCUUGAAAACAUCAUAGUCAGUUUAAAGGAUCAGGGUUUAAAGGUUCUCCACAAAGGCAAGCUUCAUGAUCUGAAUACUACAUUGCCUGUUCCGAUAGAAACUGAAGAAGAACUAGACCUGUUCUUAAGGUUUCAUCAUGAAUCUGGAAAUAUACUGUAUUACAGUGACGAUAAUCUGAAUGACAGUAUUGUCCUUGACCCUCAGUGGUUAAUAGAUGCCUUCAAAAGCCUCAUAACCGCCAAAAUGUUCUGCUGCAGAAAGCCGAAAAUAUUCGAAAAAUGGAUCCAGUUUGACCAGUCGGCUAUCUUGACUAGGGAGCUUGUUGAAGCAAUUUGGGAAAAGGAAGAAAACUCUGUGUUUCAUGAACACAUUGAACUCUUGCUGGACUACCUUGAGAAGCUUGGAUUUAUUGCUAAACCUCCGCAACAAAUUGACGUAACUGAGGUGACAGAUUACUUUUUUGCCCCAUGUGUUCUCAAAACUUCUCCACCAGAAGAUCUCCUAGCAUGUAAUGAUUGUGAGAAUCGAAGGUCAACCAGUAAAUUGUGUUUCACGACGAGGUCUGGAUUUCUACCCACAGCUGUUUUCAACAAACUUCUAGCAGCAUGCAUCAGUAAAUGGCCUCUGACCAAAACUAACAGAAAGCACUUGAUUUUUUGCGGAUGUGGUAUAUUUGAUCUCAAAGACAACCAUAUACUUUAUGUGUAUUUUUUCGACCAUGUUAUACAAAUUUGGAUAACAAAAUUAAGCGCUAAAGAUCAAGAGCCAAGUACAUCCUUGUGUUCAGAUGCGUAUGCUUUUGUCUUGGAUCUUCUCCAAAACAGGUUACGUUUGUCAAGUGCUAUGGAGGUGUUUAUAAGGAGUCAGUGUUCAGACCUCCAUUCCCAUGACAAUAUGUUUCCAGUUGAUGAGAUAGCUCAAAACCCGGAAGUAGUAUGCAGCUGUAGGACAGAGAAACACGUGCUAAGAACAAAUGAGCUUCUUAAAUACUGGCACCUUUCCAAGGCAGAUCACCAACAAAAAGUUCCAACAGAUAAAGACAUCAACCGCAUGGCACAUCACAUCGGGAAAGAAUACCAGUCGUUAGGGUUGGAACUGGGUCUGUCCCAAGCUGAAAUUGAUCAUAUUAACCUUGAUUCUAAGACAACGGUCGAUAGGAUAAGAGAGAUGUUAAUGAAAUGGAAAGAAAAGGAAGAAGGGGAAGCUACUCUAGAAAUGUUGACAAAUGCCAUGGAAGUUGUCGGUAUCGAUGCACAAGUGGUGUUACAAAGUGCAAAGAUAUCUAUUUAA